AUGGGGAGCCUGGGGCGAGGCCGUCGGUGGCGGCGAGAAGUCGGCCGAGGCCGCGCGAGUAUGGCGAAAGGGGAAGCGGCUCCGGGGGCUGAGCAAGGGCGGGAAGCGGAGGCAGGAGGCCUGGGCCGGGCCUGGGGCCGCAGAUCCCCCGGCGGCUGGGGCGGUCCCCGCGGGGCGCGGGCAGCUCCACAGAGCGCCGCCCUUCCGCGGCCUGCGCGGCCCGGCCCGGCGCGGCCCACUCAGUGGCGGCUCUGCCGGCCGCCCGUCUCCUCCCCUUCCUCUCCGCGUCCCCCUGGGUGGGUCGGUACCUGCCGGAGCUCCGAGGGCCGCGGGUCGCUGCGGCGGGGCGGCUUCUCCUACGGGCGCUGGGUGCGCGGAACCGCCCGGGAGCGGGGGGGACGGGGCGCGGCGCCUUUUGUUCGCCCCUGUCAGGCGGAGCGGAGGGGCUGCGGCAGCCGGGGGCUCGGCGGCGGGCAGGGGAGCGACGGUGGGCUGGCAGCAGCCGCCAGCGGAGGGGGAAGGCCCGGUCGGGGAGGAGCUGCCGGCUGUGGGGAGUGGGCGGGCGGAGGGCCGGGGCCGGGCGACGGCUGGGGCGGCACCUUUCUCGGCGGGAGCCUUCGGUUUGCCCGGCUGCUUUCGGGCUCUGCGGAAAAAGAAGUACGGCGGGAAGAAGGUUGUGUGCGAAAGCUGAGGCGGGCAGAAUCGCCCCCAGUCCCAAACUCGUCCCUCCCCAUCCCAAAAGGGUUUUAA